CGCUUAUAAGGUAAAACAAAACAACAGCGAGCCAACGAGACAGAGAGAGAGAGAGAGAGAGACGGAGACGGAGAGAGAUGGAUAGAGUGUUUUCAGUGGAUGAGAUGGCUGACCAAUUCUGGUCAGCCCAUCAGCCUCCAGUUCGCCUCCAUGAGGAUGCUGACGUGGAGCAGCCGUCUUCCUUCGCCGCCGCGGAGUCCUCAUCGAAGGUGAUGCGGAUGAAUCGCAGCUCAUCGGAAUGGGCAUUUCAGCGGUUCCUGCAGGAGGCCGGCGCCCCCGAUCGCAACAGCCUGCAAAGCGACGACGUUGCUGAGACCAAAGGCAACCAUCAUCAUUACAAUGAUAAUGAGAAGCGUGAGACGACGGCGGGGGGAGGCCUGCCGCCGAAUAUUCCGACAGAUUCCGAGGAGUAUCAGGCCUUCCUUAAAAGCCGCCUCGAGUUGGCCUGCGCUGCCGUCGCGUUAACCUGGGCAACUGAUGGCAAGGCUCAUGAGUCUGCAGCAGCAGCUACGUCAGACAUCGGCUCUCAGGCAUCCAAUUCAUCACAAUAUAAAGCAACUGGGCGGGAUUCAUCUAAGAUACAGGACAAGGAUGCUGGUGGACCAGUCGGUGUACCUCUGCUUCCUGCAAUACCCAGGAGAUCUGGGGCUCAGGUGAGGUCAACAACAAGUGGUUCGUCGGCCGAACAGUCUGAUGAUGAAGAAGCUGAGGGAGAGAAUGAGACUACUCAGAAUAUGGAUCCUGCAGAUGCAAAACGCAUGAGAAGAAUGCUCUCCAAUAGAGAAUCAGCCCGACGCUCAAGAAGAAGAAAGCAAGCCCAUUUGACUGAGCUUGAGACACAGGUCUCUCAAUUAAGAGUUGAAAACUCUUCUUUGCUUAAGCGCCUUACCGACAUAAGCCAGAAGUAUAAUGAAGCAGCUGUUGAUAAUAGAGUUCUGAAAGCUGAUGUUGAGACCUUGAGAGCAAAGGUGAAAAUGGCUGAAGAAACUGUGAAAAGAGUUACUGGGUUGAACCCACUAUUCCAAGCCAUGUCUGAAAUAUCCACGAUGGGCAUGCCGUCUUUUGCUAGCAGCCCUUCUGACACAUCAGGGGAUGCUGCUGUACCAGUACAAGAUGAUCCACAGCAGCAUUAUUAUCAUGCCCCUUCUAACAAUCAGUUAAGUGAUAUAAGAAUCCGUAAUGGUUUGGUAGAUAUUCCUCCAGCAGAGAAUGCACAACCAGAGGCAGCAGCAGUGGUUGGGGCAAACAAGAUAGGAAGAACUGCUUCCAUGCAGAGAGUGGCUAGCUUGGAACAUCUGCAAAAACGCAUCCGUGAAGGAGCAGCUUCCUCCGCCACUGGAGCGCAGUAAUGCUAUUUUCAAGAUCCUGAUGGGGAAAGCCUUGCGACUGUAGUCCUAUUUUAUGUCAGAUGUCCUUUUUUCUCUUAAAUGCUUUGUGGGCAAGACUCAUUCUUGCCUUCCAACUUUUCAUUCUUCUGUCCAAGCAACAAAUGUACAAUACUGCUACUUAUUCAGAUUUGAUCGUAAUGUUUUCCUCUCAUCUGAUUUAGUUCCUCACAUUUAUAGAUUUCA